GGUCAAAUCCCUCCUAAGCCACCGGAUGUUUCCCUUAUUUCCAUCACAACCCCCAAGAUUUCUUUAAAUCCUUUAACCCAGUCAACAUCGGCACACUUUACCGAUAUUGUUCAGAAUGGGGCAAAAGCUUCAACAACGUUGCAAGAUGUCACAAAGAACUCUUGUAUGCCUCCUACAAACCCGAAUCUACAAUCUACAACAGAUAUUGCAAAAAUCCUUCCACAAUCGGUGCAAUUGUCCGAGUUAGGGCAGAUGGUGCAAAUGCUUCAGGAUCGCAACAGGUAA